AUGAACCGCAACCAGACCAAUACCAAGCGCUUCAAUGAUUUAUUGAAGGAUUAUACCGUUAAUUGGCACACAGCCAUGGCCACUAACAAUGCCGCUAGGGGCCCGUUUGAAGUCGUGAACAAAGAGACGAUGCAAAAUCUCCAACUUAUCCUGGCGACUGUGAUAAACGGAUUGACUGGCCUUUUAACUGUCCAGGCAGACGCUCCACGCUUAAGCCCUCAGUGUCCGGAAGAUAUCCACGGCGUGGCCACCCUUCGCAUGAUUACUCAAGUGCCGGCAUUUGCUUUAGCGAAGUGCAAGAAUGGGGACCGACCAUUUAUAUCACGUGGGACAAGAGAUCAUUACCUGAUUGGUGUCCUGGAAAAGGGACAAGAAGACACCGAAUGCCAGUUUUAUGAGAAAGGAUCCGGGCACCUGUACACCUUGGACGUGGAGAUUGGUUGGGGAGAGGAAAAUCGUCACGUGAUCACUCACAAGCGGAUUCAUACUCUGUCUUGUGUGUACGACUCCCACGGCAAGGCUCUGACCUUCACCGAGUCGCUAACGGAUGGGCACAUUCUGCCUAGUGAACAGAAACUCGUCUCGGAGACGUCUCGGACACGGCAACUGACCUUUGAACUUAGUGUCAUUGACAUCACCAACGCGGUAGUUCUCACCGACAAUAUUUACAUGGGAAAGAAGAUCCGAUUAAGAGCAGUUGAUCCGUCGAAUUCCGUUGUGGCCUUCCGAGCCCUCAGCUGUGUGGCCAGAAAUGGAGUAAGCAGUUACGCUAUACUUAAAGCUGGAUGUGGUGAUGGGACAGUCUUCAAAAAAACCACUGGCUUCCGGACUAUUGGCAAAGAAGUGAUAAGUCCGUAUUUUGAAGCUUUCCAGCUGAAAGGGGGUGACACAGUCCAGUUUCAGUGCAAUUUCACUGAGUGUGAGGAGAGAUGUGACGGGGACUCCUGCUUGGAAGAAAUCCGACGAAGACAAAAGCUUACUCCAGAAGAACGAGAACGAGAAGAUUCCGCGUGUAACAAGGCUGACCCGCACGUGCUUGUCUGGAGCUCGGAGGGUGACGAAGGGGACUUUGCUUUCGAGAAUAGGUUUGCUUGA